CAAAGUUGAAGUUUUUAGAAGAAGGUUGUUAUUGGUUCCGGUGUACCUGGGGGUCACACAGAGGAGUAAAGAAAAGAAUUAAAAUGCUGUUGCAAAGAGUGUUGCACAUCGGGGGCUUGACGCUGAAACACAGCCGGGCCAUCCACCACAGUCCUGUAUGGAGGAGUCCUCUUAUACCCAUGGUUGUGGAGCAGACAGGGAGAGGAGAAAGAGCAUAUGACAUCUAUUCCCGCCUCCUGAGAGAGAGAAUCAUUUGUGUAAUGGGUCCUAUCGAUGACACUGUGGCUAGUCUGGUUAUCGCCCAGCUGCUCUUCCUCCAGUCAGAAAGCAACAACAAACCCAUCCACAUGUACAUCAACAGUCCUGGCGGUGUGGUGACAGCGGGCCUGGCCAUUUACGACACCAUGCAGUACAUCCUUAAUCCCAUCUCCACCUGGUGUGUCGGCCAGGCAGCGAGUAUGGGCAGCUUGCUCCUGGCGGCCGGAACGCCGGGCAUGAGGCAUUCACUGCCCAACGCCCGCAUCAUGGUCCACCAGCCUUCAGGAGGCACCAGGGGCCAGGCCACAGACAUCGCCAUCCAGGCUGAGGAGAUCCUGAAGCUGAAGAAACAGAUCAACGUCAUCUACGCCAAACACACGGGCCAGCCGCUGGAAACCAUUGAGGGUGUGAUGGAGAGGGAUCGCUACAUGGGCCCCAUGGAGGCGCAGGACUUCGGUAUCAUCGACAAGGUCCUGAUCCACCCGCCCCAGGCCGGCCAGGAUGAGCCGGAGCUGGUGCAGAAAGAGCCGGCGGCGGCAGCACCAGCAGCCAGCCCCCACCCACAGCCAGAGUCUGCGGCCCCUGGGCAGGCCCUCCCCGGGACAAACCCCCCCUCCUCACACAAACCUGAGCCAUGAAGGCGCAGACAGAACGCUGGUGGUUUGAUACCCAACAGUUUGUGAAGAACAAGGCGGCGUGUCCAUGAUGUUUUUUU